AAACGCGCAAUGUUGCGAGAGCCUAUCCAUGGACGGAGGAUCAAGCAAGAAAUCCAGAAAUUGACAUCCAUUCGCACGCCUUCACCUUGCCUUAACCCGGUUCGCGAAUCACCCGGCUUGCCCACUCGCCCCAGUCCACCUACCUGGCUCUCUCCUCUCCCGCCUCCCUUCUUCUGCUGCCAGAACCUCCCACGCACGUCGCACUUUCCUUUUACCUACCAAAUCACCAAAUUUCCUUUCUCUACCAACUCCCUCGCGACUCGACCGUCCGCUGCCGCUUAUUACUGUCGUGCGCCCGACCCCGAGCCCAAAACCCACUUCGAGGAUCCGAAUCUCAAUGUGGAGAGUCUUAGAGAGAGCUCGGAUGACCGGAGGGAGAAUGGCGGCGGUCGCAGCAGGACGCUACCCGAGGAACGCGUGUUGCUCUUCACGUGCGCGUCCGAGGACGGCAAGUGCUGCGUGUACCUGGUCUGGACAAAACAUAACUCUCAGGAAUUAUGUAGAGAAGAAGGAAGAACCCUCUGUAUCAAGCGAAUCUCACCAUUUUUCACAGAAUGGCGCGAUUGCCCUCCGGGUACGCUUGAAUUGCUGAAGCAGAAUCCAAAGGUUUUUAAUAAGCUUGAGGUGUAUCCUGGAGAUAUGUAUGAUGUAGCAAUGGAGGAACUAAGGAAGUAUGGUGACAAGGUUAUGCCUCCCUCCGAACAAGUAUUGCCUUCUUUUCCCUUCUUCUCUAAGGUUGCUAAUGAGCCUGAGGUCUAUCUCGGACGUGGGUUUCGUGUAGCAUAUGAAGCAGCAAUGAAGUAUGGUCAUUUCCCACUACAAGUUGCUAGUAAGCUUGAGGUCUAUCUCGGACAUGGGUUUCGUGUAGCAUAUGAAGCAGCAAUGAAGUAUGGCGUUGGGCCUAUGAUGCGUCAUUUCUCACUACAAGUAUUGCCUCUUUUCCCUUUCCCCUUCUUCUGUAAGGUUGCUAAUAAGCGUGUGGUCUAUCUCGAACAGCGGUUUCGUGUAGCAUAUGAAGAGGCAAUGGAGUAUGGCGUCGGGUUUAUGAGGCAUCAUUUCCCACUACAAGUUGCCCUGUGUAAUACAAGGCCACUCUCGAGAAAGAUACAGUUAAUUAUAGCAUCACUUAUGUUUGAAACGGUAAGAUUUAUUGCCUCAGAUCUCAUUAUGUUGCAAGUGCUUCUUGCAUGUGGUAUAGUGAACCAUUGAGAGAAUUCUUCCACGUUGCACGUGUUGGUUAGUUUUAAUAUUUGAUGGUUUUUACAUGCUAAAUCGUGUCAUGACUACUAUUCUUUCUUGAAUCUGA